GGCCGGUGCCACCGCCCAGGAUAGUGGGGCUGCGUGGAUUGCCGCACCGUCUCUCCGGUCUGUUUUUUGCCGAUUCGGCCGUGUAUUAAAAUACACGGCCUUCACUUCUGAUUUUCCGCAUCUCCCAGCCAAGAAUAUCUUGACUGGUCGAUUCUGUUCUCCUUUUGCUCCCAUCUGGGAUUUGAUAUCAUCCUGCGGAUGAUUUUAGAUUUGUCGGGCCUUGUUGCCUUUAUUAAAAUUUCAUUUUAAUAAACGAUCUGUUUGGCAGCCGUCUUGUUCCGUCCACAUUCCUGUGCGACGCGCACAGCGUGCUUUCAUGGUGGAGAUUGCGGUUUCGAUCUCCGCAUCCCUGUAGUCUGUGAUUUUUUUUAAUGAGCAAGCAGGCAAUUAGCCCUGUGAGCUACAAUUAGCCGAUUGUCCGCACUUUGAACUGAGCGCAUCGUCAACCGUGCGCAAAGCCGAAUUUCUCUGUUUGGCUAACCGGAUUCCACACGCAGCGUACAGCGACGGGGUGGAUUGAGCCUUACGGAGUGCCUUCAGGAAAUAGUUCAGCUACCUCCAGCCUACAGCGGAGUUCCUGAACGAUUUCACCACACCACCGGAUAUCAGCAGCCUCAUCCAUACGUCGGGAACAAGCCCAGACAUCAGGCAUUCACCGGUGGAUAAAGCCGAAGCGGAAAAGCGUCUGCGUCUCGGACAAGCAUUCGGGAAGCAGCACCAACCGUCCCUCCAUCGCUCACUGCAGUCCUGUCGCGUCAGCAGCAGAUACAAUGGAGCCGACGCAGUGUUAUCGCUGCCGUUAUAACACUAAUCGCCGAAAGUGCGCCGAUUGUCUCUUCGGAGAUAAGCUGUACAGCGAACAGGAUAAGGAUACCGUCGCGAGCCGAUUGGUUAAUGAAGUCCUGAACUGCAACCUGGAUGCGUAUGUCACACUUGGUGAGACGCAUUUUGAGCCGGUAUUCCAAGCCAAACCUUGGCUGCGUAUCAGGAUGAACGACGCAGCCCGGAAACUCAUAGCCGCUCGUGAACCGCAGUGGUGUGAUAUGCCAUUGCCUGCCGAUUUGCCACAACAGCCGAAUUAUGUUGCGCCGAUGCAGCUGCCGAUCAGCUAUCUUGCACAAGUGCAGAUGCCGACGAAUCAGGGAUAUGCUAUGAAUCCCAUGUCGCCGCCGCAGCAGAUGCAGUACUAUCAGCAGUACUAGCAGCCGGCGCAAUAUGCGCAGUACCAGCAGCAAACCGAUGUGGCUUUCAACCAGCCACAAUACCAGUAUUAUCGACAGCAGAACGAACAGCAGGCGCCGAGUAGUGCUAGCAGUGCAUGGACUUCCGAUCCUUGGCUGCAUGAGCGCGGGUACCGAGGAAAUACUGCACAACAGCAGUAUCUCAGCCGAGCUGCAUCACAGCAGCGUAAAGCCGAACCGCAACCCAGCACGUCGCAUGUCCAGCCAGACGCGCGUGUCGGACUGUCGCGCGUGUCGGACUGUCGAAACAAAAACGUGGCAGACAGCGCGGAAACCAGCCGAAUAUCCGAUCUGCUGACUACCAGCAGCGUAAUGAGCCGAAUAAACCACAGAAUGUUAAUCAGCCGGCUGAAUCUCAGCAACCGCCGACGCGUGAGAGUAAUUCUCGCGAUAAUCGUGGUGUUCGACGACCACGCCAACCGACCAUCGAUCCUAAUAGGAUUCUGCGCGAUGUAACUCAGUAUACCAGCGAUCUUGGUAUUUAUGUACAUAAGCUGGCUACUGUCGCCGAUAUCGCGAAGACGAACGGCCCGGAAAUGUUGCAUCUGAAGAAUAUGAUUCAGAAUGCCGCGGCAUUUUUGGGGAAGAUAGGAUUAAGAGAUCGAAUGAUGGAGUUCGAUUAUUCUACCGUCGAUUUAUCGCGUUCGUUGGAAAUAAUUACGUACGCGUCCAGCCGCCGUAAUAAUCUUCGUACAGUGCUCGAUAAGAAGCACUUGUACACGCCGAUCACCGCCGUUGAUAUUGAGAUUAUUUCUCAAUUUAAGAUUUACGGAGAUCCAGUAACUGAGAAAUUCCUUAUGCAGUAUGUACUGCCACAAGCCGACCCUGCAAAAUUCUUUUUCUUCUGCAAAGUCGCUCACUACGGUGACACUACCUGAAUCAGGAAUUAAAUGAGCGCAAUAUCGAUUGGACGCCGAUUCCCUACAAUACGGGACUGAAAUUUGCCGCUAUGAGUAUCGCUGUCGCAUUACUUGGUAGUCAUAGCGCCCACAAGGCGAUCUACCAAAGUAAAGAACGAGCCAAAUAUGCCUUGUUAAAGGAUUUAAUCGAAAUGCUAGGGAAGCCGCUGACUGAACAGCAAGAAGCAGAGCUGUUGAAAGACACUCUAGCUGCCGCCGGUCAUGUCGAGAUGGACACUGACGAAGUCGAUCGUUUUUACGAUGACAUUAAUACCCGUAUGAAACGAUACGGCGACCGUAAGACGCAGUUUGACAAGGGCCAGCUAUAUAAAAAGCGCCCUUUGCCCGAUUCACCAGACGCUCCUACGGGAAGCAAAACUGUACAGCCGGAGCCGAAGUUCCGAAAUAUUCGGAAAAAUCAGUCGGGGGAUCCCGCAACGCCGCAGUUGGGAGUGAUGGGCGGGAAACAGCCUGUCAAGCUUCCUCCCAUUACACAGCCGAUUAUUAUUCCCGUGGUGAAACCGAAUGUGCCGUUGUCAAAAUUCGGAUCCGCUCCGUCGUUGUUGGACACGACUACGGUUAAGUCCACAGGUACGAGUACCGAGCCGAAUAAGAAUAAGAAUAUUUUAAAACCGUCGAGUAAUAAUGGCAACAAUAAAGCCGCUAAUAAAACGGGUGUUGCAGGCAAAUCACAGCAGUUGCCAGCUGUGCCCGCACCUGUACCGCCGAUCUCAACCGUUCCGGUUGAGCAGCAACAACUUGAUGUUGCACCGCCGAUUGUUGCGACUUCGCAACCCGCAAUUGUUGCACAGCCGAUUCCCGCUGAUAUGCAGCCUGUGAAUGCUGCACCGCCGAAACGAAAAGUCAACAGACCUAAAUCUGUUAGUACAGAGCCGAAGAGGAAGGACAUCUUCGUUGAACAUUAUCUGGUGAAAUUACCGAUUUCCCGCAUGUCCGACGCCGAGUUUGAGUUUUAUAAGACUACAAAGUCUUAUGAAAAUGAAGCCGAACCGAAUUCCGAAGAAUACAAACGGAAUACGAUGGCGUAUUUACGUAAAAUGGAUGAGUCGAAAAUGAGUAAGGACCAACGUGCGUUCUUUCAUCGAUACCGUUAUGAAUAUCUAGAUGAGUAUCUAGAUGACGCCGGUAAUACCGAGCAGCCGUUUAUUCGUUUGCCGCCACCGCAAGGUGAAGAAGAAACCGACGUAUUCCACGACACAGUGGAAAAUGUGUUGGCUCAAUUUGAGCCACCUGUGUUGCCGAUGUCAGAGGUACUUGGCGAAGCUUUAAAUGCUGUCGCCGCAGCCGAGACUGUUCAUGCAGUCACCGCAGCCGAUUCUAUUUCCGACCCUGCUGCCGUCGACGCUGACACCGACAUGCUGAAUGAUGCGUGAGCGUGGGCGACGAUGCUGAAAUGCUGCUCUGGAGGACGACUAUUCUCCAGACUGAGACGCCUCAUCAAUGGAAUGGAUCUCAUCAAAUUCGCCAUUUUUUGUGAUUUUUUAAUCUAGUAUAUGCGCCGCAGAUUGUAUUCGGUCGCAUUUUGUUCGUUAUUUUCUGUUUUGUCUUUUUUCGAUUUGGUGUGUCCUCGCGGGAGCUUCGGAGUUCCACCCGUGGCAUGCUAGGAGGCCGGUGCCACCGCCCAGGAUAGUGGGGCUGCGUGGAUUGCCGCACCGUCUCUCCGGUCUGUUUUUUGCCGAUUCGGCCGUGUAUUAAAAUACACGGCCUUUACUUCUGAUUUUCCGCAUCUCCCAGCCAAGAAUAUCUUGACUGGUCGAUUCUGUUCUCCUUUUGCUCCCAUCUGGGAUUUGAUAUCAUCCUGCGGAUGAUUUCAGAUUUGU